GUGCGUUAUCGUCCUGCCCUGCUGCUGAAUGUCCGUCCCGGAGGAGGAGGAGGAGAGGCUUUUGCCGCUGAUCCAGAGAUGGCCCCGAGCGAGCAAGUUCCUACUGUCCGGCUGCGCGGCUACCGUGGCCGAGCUAGGCAUGUGCUGUGGUGCUUGAAGGUUGUACUUUAAGAAGCUUCGCGAGCUGUCAUUCCUCUGUAGGAAUCAUUUUCCUUUUCAUGAGGAUGACCUUUUUAAAAACGUAAUCUGUUUCCCGUCCUUACUGAGAUAAUCUCUGUGGUUUAUAGUCUUACACAGCCACACUGUCAUUAUCUUGUGGGUCCAAGUUGUGGACCUACCUUAUGGGACUUCCGUUAUUAACCUGCCACUCACAGAGCAUCGACUUAAGCAUCCGCCGGUUACUUGACCUCUUUGAGUGUAAUUCAUCUAUACUGUUUACCUUGCAGGAUUCUGAGAAGUCAAUAAUAUAUGAUUGCAAAACCCAAGGCAGGACACCCAUUAGUUGCGACAUUUUUAUAAUUCCUACAAUACCAGGGACUGUGGAUAUAUAUUUGAAAAGACCCAGUUCUGACCUUCUUACAGGCUGCUGGGGAGACAGAGAAAGACAAUUAUAAUGUGCUACUUGUUAUAAAGGAGAUAUUAUUAGGUGUCACAAAAGCAUAGAAGAGCAGUUACAUCUGCCUAAAUGAGUAAGAAGAAACUUUAAGAGGCCAUCUAGAGUGGAAUGAUGAUGCCCUUGAAUGAGCAAGUAGCGUUUAUUCCAAGGAUUUUGUGAGUAGUGUACUCAUGUGUUUCCUGUGAAGCCUUAACUGUGUAUUUUAAGAUUGCCCUUUACAUUUUCUUGCCUGUUACAAAAAAAUAAAAAGAACAGUUCUGAUGCGUUAUCAUUUGUAAAUGUUAGUUGGUCCUAUUUUAAGAGUUUAUUUUUUAAUUCUAGCAUAGCCAGCCACGAUCUGUUGUUUCGUGCUCUUCCGUUUUUGCCUUUUAGCCCCUCUAUUUUUUAAUGUCUCUCCUUUCGAAAAUGAUGGAGAAUUUUUACUUUUCAUUGUUUUUACUGAAAUAAAAUUCAUCAGCUUAAAAAGAUCUAAAAGCAGAUUGCUGAAUGAUAUUUCCAGGUUUUAUUUUUAACUGAUGUGUCCCCCUGUGACUCAAUGGCUUUUAUACAGGACUAUUCCUCGUUAAAAAUUCAUGGAGAGAAUUGUGUGUGGAGAGUGGAUGGGAAUCAAAAUGUGGGAUGGUUUUAAGUCCAUCCACUUCAGGAACCUGAAGCAUCAUUUAAGAAACCAGCAAGAAAACAAAACUAAUUUUGAAAGACAUAAUCUGUGUAAUAUGGAGAAAUCUAUUAAGAUUUUUCAGGUUUCGUAUGUCUAUGCAAGCUACUCUGUUCUAGGGAAACUGUCAGCAAGAUUAACUUUUCCAAAAACCAGUGGUAAGAUUUAAUAUUCACUUCCCUUCCCCAUAUUGUUUUCUCUUGGAAAAGGUAUACUAAGGUUUUGUGUCAGGUGGUGGUCAUUGAAAAGUCUUAUAUAAUGUAAGUAAUGUUCAUGAACUUGUCUGAGUGUUAUUAUUUUCAUUAUUCAGGACAUUUUCUGUAUAAAGUUAUGAGCUUUAUCUUCCUUAUGUGGGCCAUUUAGCUUAACUGUAUUAAGGUAAAAGGUCUGUAUCUAAUUUAAAACUUAAAACCAAAAACAUUUUUCCAAAAUACAGUUAGUACUUGUAAGGAGGCCAUGAGUAGGCCAUGCAUAUAAUUUAGUGCUGGAAAAAUAAUUUCAUAUAUACUUUAAUUGAAAGAAUAUUGAGCUUAUGACCCUUGAAUAUAAAAGACAUUAUAAACUCCAUUACAUCUUCUGUAUCUCAAACAUCAUGUCAGUCAUUCAUCUGCAUGUGAACAUCACCCAUGAAAUUAUAGAAUUCAGCUUCAUCUAGCAUUUAUUAUAGUACAUAAGAAUAUAUAGUGCAGUAUUCUAAUGUUACAUUAGAGCUCAAAUAAUCAUGGCUGCUUUCAAGAGGAUGGCACACAAUAUGGAUACUUUAAAUUAUUUCCCACUGAAAAGCAAAAAUGAAUGACUUACAUAUUAAAGUUAAAUUUCUGAAUAGAAAGAACCCAAGGCUUGUCAUUGUAAUUUUUUUUUUUUUUUUUUUUUUUUUGUGCUAGUGAUCCGGGAUGCUCUUGCGUAGUGAUUCUUAAAUUUGGGACUGUGUGAGAAUCAAGUUUCUAAACCCUCUUCAACCUACUGAAUUAGAAUCCAUGGGCACGGGGCUAGAAAAUUUCUAAUUUUUAAAAUUUCCCUAGCUGAUUCUGAUAUAUUCUAAAAUUUGAGAACAACCAGUCUUGGGAAAAUAUUACUCCUAUGAUUUUAGAUUUUUGUUUGUUUCUCUGAAUGUUGUGGGUUUUUCCCUGCAUUUGUGUUUUUGUUAGCAACCUUUCCCCUGGAUCUCACAAAAACUCGACUCCAAAUGCAAGGAGAAGCAGCUCUUGCUCGGUUGGGAGACGGUGCAAGAGAAUCUGCCCCCUAUAGGGGAAUGGUGCGCACAGCCCUAGGGAUCAUUCAAGAGGAAGGCUUUCUAAAGCUUUGGCAAGGAGUGACACCCGCCAUUUACAGACACGUAGUGUAUUCUGGAGGUCGAAUGGUCACAUAUGAACAUCUCCGAGAGGUUGUGUUUGGCAAAAGUGAAGAUGAGCAUUAUCCCCUUUGGAAAUCAGUCAUUGGAGGGAUGAUGGCUGGUGUUAUUGGCCAGUUUUUAGCCAAUCCAACUGACCUAGUGAAGGUUCAGAUGCAAAUGGAAGGAAAAAGGAAACUGGAAGGAAAACCAUUGCGAUUUCGUGGUGUACAUCAUGCAUUUGCAAAAAUCUUAGCUGAAGGAGGAAUACGUGGGCUUUGGGCAGGCUGGGUACCCAAUAUACAAAGAGCAGCACUGGUGAAUAUGGGAGAUUUAACCACUUAUGAUACAGUGAAACACUACUUGGUAUUGAAUACACCACUUGAGGACAAUAUCAUGACUCACGGUUUAUCAAGUUUAUGUUCUGGACUGGUAGCUUCUAUUCUGGGAACACCAGCCGAUGUCAUCAAAAGCAGAAUAAUGAAUCAACCACGAGAUAAACAAGGAAGGGGACUUUUGUAUAAAUCAUCAACUGACUGCUUGAUUCAGGCUGUUCAAGGUGAAGGAUUCAUGAGUCUAUAUAAAGGCUUUUUACCAUCUUGGCUGAGAAUGAAAGGUAAAAGAGUUCUUCAAAUUCAGCUGCAUACCACCAGCUCUCCCAACCUCAGAUGGUGGGCAUUUCUGGAUGGAUGGCUGCGGUUAUGGAUAAAGGCUGUAACUGUUAACACAGAAAAACAUGAAAAGCUCAGGCCCAAGAAAGGCCUUGGAGCCAGCCAAACAGAAUUUGUUCUAAUGGACAUGGAUGAUGUUGAACAGAAAAAAGUUUACAAGUGCUUUGUGGUUGCACUAAUGUAUACUCACUGCCAUUUUAAGAGGGGGAAGUACACUUUAAAAUAUAUUUGAAUGUCAUGUACUGAUAUGCAGUAGCUUAUUGUUUUUCUAGUUGCAGAGAAUGUGAAGUUUAAUCUCUUAAAAUAUUUAGAUCGUCUACUUUUUCAUUGAAUUUGUCAAUAUGUAAUUGCAUUGUAAAAUAUUUUAUAUAUACACAUAUAUAUAUAUGCUUAACUUCCCAAGUGUUCUGCAUUGGACCACUUAGGGAAAAUUUUGUUUUUUUUAUGUUUUGUAAUUUUUAAAUUAAGUAAAGACUGGAUCAAAAUAAUUACAUCCAAACUAGACCAUGAACAACUGAUUUAGCAUUAUUCUUUGUGGGGUCGGGGAGUUGGGAUGAAAACACUGCUUACGCACUGACAUCAUUCCUUGGGAUCUGGAUCAACACGAAUUUCAGGAAUUUUUAACCUGAAAUGACUCCUUGGGAUUAUCUAAUUUAACCUUCCCAUUUCACAUGUUAGUAAACUGAGAUUCAGAGAAGUAGAGUUGUUUAUGCUCAUGAGUGACUUAGUAGCAGAGCCAGGAUAAAAACACAGUUCUCCUAAUUAAUAUGAUUAUUAUGACCGAGAGUUAUUGUUCACUAAUUAGGUACCAAGGAAGGGUCUUAUGUCAUGGUCACAACCCAGUAGAGUCUUCUAAAAACAGAUUUUUCCUUAUGGCAUUUGUAUGUCUCAUACAUUUUAAAUGAAUCUGAAUUGUCUCUAGCAUACAUUUUAGAAUGGAGUCACCAUGCUUUAGCUUGAACAUUAAGACCUUCUAUAAUCUAACCAAAUCCAGUAUACCCAAUACUUAUCCAAUCACAUUCAUAAUUUUCUGGUGAAAUCAUAUCUACUGAUUAUUUUGGAACAUUGCUUAUUUUUGCCAACUUGGAAUCAUCUUGUUUUCCAAAAUAAUCCACAGUAAAUAAAAAGGAUUAAAAAUUUCAGUAAUUUUUAUGUCCAUACUCACAGACUUAAGAAUUCCAAACUCACUUACUUAUUAUGGUACUACUCUAUGUGGUAUUUCUCUACAUUUUUUCUGCUCUGAAAUGAUUUUUUCUUACUGAAAAUGCAUAUACUUAUUUUUAAUUAUGUAGUUUUUUAUAUGUAUAAGUGAAUUAGUAUAUAUAAUUAUAGACUCAAUUUAUGCCAUAUAUAAGAUAUAAAUUAUAUAUGAAUUAAUUUAUAUAUAAUUAAAGGGAUAACAUUAAGUUUGCUUUCAAUAUGGAAUAACAUGUCUUUUUCAAGUGCUCCAAAUCCUAUUUGAUUGUAAGCCACUAGUGGGUAGGUAUACAUCUUCCAUUUUUAUAUAAAUCUCUGCUCUCUUUAGUAGCAUUUCUUUGCUAUUAAGAAAAAAUGAUUACAGCUACAUAUGACAUGAAUCAAUCAAUUUUAUCUUUAUUGUUUUAAGAAUCUGUGACUGGCCAGGCACGGUGGCUCACGCCUGUAAUCCCAGCAUUUCGGGAGACCGAGAUGGGCGGAUCACGAGGUCAGGAGAUCGAGACCAUCCUGGCUAACACGAUGAAAUCCCAUCUCUACUAAAAAUACAAAAAAUUAGCCGGGCGUGGUGGCGGGCGCCUGUAGUCCCAGCUACUCAGGAGGCUGAGGCAGGAGAAUGGCGUG